CAAUAGAUUUCAUUGGACAUUAGAAUACUUAAUUGUUCUUCGCCAUAUUUUGAUUAUUUAGGCGCAGAAAACACUCAAAUAAUGAGUUCACCUGAUGAAAGCACCAAUAAGCCAACAGGAGACGAUGUAUUCGUUAAACCAGCAACCCCUGAUUUGUCCACCGCUGAGAAAAUGAAACAAGAAGAGGAAAAGUUAAAGAAAAAAUACCCCAACAUGAAGGCUGGUGUUGGUGGUUCUGCACUUCUAUCAAAGCGUCUUCAAAAGAACAAGUACUUUGAUUCUGGAGAGUACAAUAUGACAAGGGCAAAAAUGAGAGGAUCAAAGUUACCACCUGCAGCGCAGGAAAACAUGAUCCUUCAGGAGCCCCCAGGAGAUGCCAUCCCCACCCCAGAGGCCAUAGCCACAAUUAGGAAACCUUCCCUUCAACAGAGCAAGCUGGCAGAGCAUUCAUGAAGAAGAAUUAAAUGGAUAUUUUUGUAUAAUUUAAAUAGUGCUUCUCACCUACCAUCUAUAGUCAAAUUAUACUUGUCAUGUAAUUAUCACAUGGAAGAUUAUUCAUCAUUGAAAAACGGUGGCAUUUUUUGUCCAUAUUGCAAAACUUUCAACGUAUUUGGUAAAAAACAACAAAACAAGAAUAUGAAUGGAAUAUUUUAGACAAUUAUCAUUUUGUCUCAAUUGAACUUUUUCAUUUUGUCUGUGAUCAGUGUGAUGUGAAAUUUAAGUGGUGAAUAUUUGUGCACUACAUCAACAUUGAAUUUGAUGUGUAUAUCAGACAUCAAUGACUUUUAAAAUCUUCAGGAAUGUUUGUUUUCUUACAUGAAAUUAGACUUGUGUUAAAACAUUUCCAUUGUUACAUUCAGACGUUCAUUUGUUGACAGAACAUAAAUGUUUAAAUACAUAGUAUAUUGUAAGUCAAAUAUAUCUUGAGAGAGAGAGAGGGGGAAAGAGUGAGAGAGACAUAGUGAGUGAGAUUGUUUGUGCUUUGUUUUUCAUUUUCUUCAUGCACUAUAGUAUGAUAGUUCCACAAACAAUGGUCCCUUUAAAUCGAUAGUUUCUUCUAUAUGCUAGUUGUUCAGAAUUCAUUAAGAUUUUAUAAGAAAAAUAGAAACAGAUGCUUUUUAGCCAAUGUAGGAUUGCUCUAUUGUGCUUAGCGGUUUACCUUUUUCAUGUAAAUUAUCGUUAUAAUUUUGGCUUGGUAAGAAAAUUUUUAAUUUAAUAAAACACUUUGUCCUUCUUUUUUUUUUAAAACAUAAAUGAUGUAUUUUAAAGUUUUGCAUUAUCAAAAUACGCGGGGCAGUGUGGUUAACAAAGUUUAUAAAUGUUUUUUUGGAUUGAAAGCUUAAGCCUAUUUUCAGGUAAACUUUCAACAAAGUGUACCAUGUAUUUAUAUAUAAUGUAAAUAGAUACAUGUAUUUUUUCUUUUUUAGAUAUGAUCACCUCAGUCCAAUAUUGUUAUAGUUUUGUUUAAAGAUCAAGAAAUAAAACAAGAGUUAUGUUA